UUUCGUCUUUUAAGAUAUUUUGAAUGUUAAUGUAUGUUUAAUAUUAAGACAAUUUAUGAAUUUAUGAAUCUUAUCCAAGGACACGUCGCACGUUCAAACUAAACCUAAUUUGCAAUGCAAUUUAGAUUGGUAAACUGUUUUAUACCAACUAUGGUGCUUUGUAAUACACAUCUAAAGCCAAUUUAACAAUGCUGCACUAUUCCUACAGUGUCAAUCAUACCGACUGUUUUUUUAAACUGAUAAAAAUCUUGAUCUAUGCAGAUCUACCGCACUUCUACAUUCCAAUCCACCUCUACAAGUGCACAUUUUAACCGCGUCUGUGGGGCUGUUCGUUCUCCAAGUAUUUAAUACCACUUUUUUUUCCAAAUAUUCAUUGCUUUUCCAGGUUAGAGACUUGAGACAAUGGGUGACUGGAGUUUUCUGGGAAGGCUUUUGGAGAACGCACAGGAACACUCGACCGUGAUAGGCAAAGUCUGGUUGACUGUGCUCUUCAUCUUCCGGAUCCUGGUGCUGGGCGCUGCGGCUGAAGAGGUUUGGGGAGAUGAACAGUCAGAUUUCACCUGCAACACCCAACAGCCGGGUUGCGAGAACGUCUGCUAUGACAAGGCUUUCCCCAUCUCCCACAUACGAUUCUGGGUGCUCCAGAUCAUAUUUGUCUCAACGCCCACGUUGAUAUACCUGGGCCAUGUACUGCAUAUAGUGCGCAUGGAGGAGAAAAGGAAAGACAGGGAGGAAGAAAUUAGAAAAGGCCAAGGAGGCAAAGAACUGCUGCUGAAAGAGGGCAAGAAGAAGCUUGCCUUUAGGGAUGAACAGGGUAAAAUCCGAAUCCGAGGGGCACUGCUGCGCACCUACAUUUUCAAUAUUAUUUUCAAAACGAUAUUUGAAAUCGGAUUUAUUGUAGGUCAGUAUAUCCUGUAUGGCUUUGAGCUUAGACCGCUGUAUAAGUGCAGUAGGUGGCCGUGUCCCAACACCGUGGACUGCUUCAUAUCUCGGCCAACGGAAAAGACGAUCUUCAUCAUAUUUAUGCUUGUGGUGGCUUGCGUGUCCCUUUGUUUGAACCUAAUAGAAAUCUAUCACCUGGGCUGGAAAAAGCUACGCCAGGGGGUGAGCAGUCGAUGCGGUCUGGACCACGAGCCGGAGACGCCAGUCACCAGGACCGCCCCGGCUAGUCUCAGUUACCCUUACUUCCCUGACACGACGGAGGCUGCUCCCGUCUACCCGGGGGCCCCGCCGGUCGAGUUCAAGAUGUCGCCCCUGCCGGAUAACAAGACGCCCUACGCGGCGGUGUACAACAACAAGCUGGCCGCCGAGCAGAACUGGGCCAACUUCGCCACCGAGCAGACCCGCGAACGCCAACCGGCCGCCGGCGGCAACGGCCACGGCCCCAACAGAGGAGAGGAGGAGCAGCAGCAGCAGCCGGAGGAGGAGGAGGGGGAGGAGCACGAGCGACAACAACGGCCAAAGCACGAGGGCGAUCACGUGCCCCAGACGCCGGCCAAUGAGCGGCCAGGAGGCCAGCGCGAGGCGCGUGGCGACGGGCACGUGACCACGACGGUGGAGAUGCACGAGCCUCCGGCCCUGGACACACGACGCCUGAGCAGAGCCAGUAAAGCCAGCAGCAGCAGGGCGAGGUCCGACGACCUGUCGGUUUAGUGCCGCGCAACCUCUCUCCAUUUCCUCCCUGCCCUUCAACACUUCCUCAUCAUCCUCCUCCCGCCCUCCUCUCUUAAAUCAGUACAGUUUUAUCGACAGGGUUUAAAAAAAACACACACCUACACGUAC